AUGUGUGCCCUGCCACUGCAAGGUCAGAAGCCGGGUCAGGUGGACCCCCUGACAGCCCAUCGAGCCAAUCCGCAGUGCUGGGAGUCCUCCUCGGCUCUGCUGCUGGAAAUGCGCUCUCCGAGGAUUGCUGACACAGUGCCAGCCUUUUGGGACCUCAUGGAGUCCCUCAAGUCAUCAAACAACAGCAAACACAAUGCACUGUUCUGGGACCUGGCCCAAGUCUUCUGGGACAUCUAUCUAGACUGCAUCGUGUCCAGGAGUCACGGCCUGGGGCGGAGACACGUCACUGCAGUCCAGUCCCUUAUUACUGACAAGUCCUUCAGAUUCAACAGCUCAGGAGCAAAGUCCCACGCGUGGCUCCGUGUGCGAGUGAGACGCAGAGGGCAAAUCAAGACCCUGAAGACAGACCCAAAAUAA